UUUCCGCAGAGCCGAGCAGGAGAGCACCUCCGCGGGGGGACGAUGGCCUCAGUUUCCUCUCAUGAGCACCGCAGCGGAGUGUUGCGGUGAAUCCUCUGUGGGUUUCCGGUUUCCCCUCAAAGUGCCCCCCCCCCCCCCCCCCCUCUCUGGAGGAUGAGGAACAACAGCCUGCAGCAGCAGCGGUCGAUCUCACACUACUACAGCAGGUCACACUGCACUGCGUGAUGCGGAUCAGAGUCCAAGAGGUGAUGGUCUCCUCCUCCUGCUCCUCUUUCCUCUGCUCACCUGCGUCCUGAUGUUCACACUUCACUCACUGCGCCUUCACCUGGACUACUGAGACUGAAUUUAAUCACAACAGGAGCUCCAAACGCUGGGACUGUUUGUAUUCAACACUGGAGGAGUUCUGCUGCUGUCCCCACAAUGAUCUGACGGCGACUGAGUGAGAAAGAGGCAUUCAAAGAAGUCUUCUGUGGUCCUCUGAUCGGCUGUGAGCUGCACAUGAUGGCCAACAACAACGAGCUACAAAGCGACCCAGGCGGGCUGUCGGUGCUCCAGCAGCUCGGUCUGGACCAAAACUCGGACUUCUCGGACUCCAGCGUGCAGCAGCGCCUGGACGAGCACCGCGAGAGGAUCCGCAGGGAGAUCCGCAAAGAGUUAAAGAUCAAGGAGGGGGCGGAGAACCUGCGCCGGGCCACCACGGACAAGAGGAACGCCCAACAGGUGGACUCGCAGAUCCGCAGCUCGAAGAGAAAGCUGGAGUCUCUCCAAGAUCAGCUGCAGGAGCUGGACGCUUACAUCGUGGUCAAAGGCCCCGAUGACAACAAAGACACCCCUAAAUCUCCAGGAUCGAUGAAUCGGACUUCAGCGAACCAGCACCGCAUCGCAGCUUUGGAGCGGCAGCUGAACAUCGAGCUGAAGGUGAAACAGGGAGCUGAGAACAUGAUUCCCAUCUAUGCCAACGGUGGCACCAAGGACAAGAAGCUCUUUCAGACUGCUCAGCAGAUGCUGCAGGACAGCAAGACGAAGAUCGACAUCAUCCGCAUGCAGAUCCGAAAGGCCAUGCAGGCCACGGAGCAGUCCGAGGACAACCAAAGUAAGCCAGACAUGUGUGGGGUGGAGCUACGCGUGGAGGAGCUCUGGCAUCACUACCGGGUGGAGCACGCCAUGGCCGAGGGAGCCAAGAACAUCCUGCGACUGCUGGGCGCGGGAAAAGUCCAAGACAAGAAAGCCAUCGCCGAGGCUCAGUGCGGUCUGAGUGAGUCGUCCCAGCGUCUGGACCUGCUCAGAUGUUCUCUGGAGCAGAGGCUGGUGGAGCUUCCCGAGGAUCACCCCAAAGCCUGCCUCAUCAAGGAGGAGCUGGUGCUGGCCUCCUCCUCGGCCUUUAGCUCCCGUUACAGCACCCCCUAUGUCCACAAUCAGUACAGCACGCUGAGCAAACCAUCCCCACUCACAGGUACUCUUCAGGUGCGUCUCCUGGGCUGUUCGGGGCUCCUGGAGGUCGUCCCCGGGCGCAGCAGAGGGACCCCGGUGGUUCUUCCUUCUUUUACUGCUGGUGACGGACGUUCGUCCUUCAAACUGAGCGGCCUCUACAGCCGGAGCACCAGCAGCAUGAGCCUGAAGAUCCCCGGCAAGAACGAGGAGCUCUCCACGGAGGUGAGCUCAGUGCUGAAGCUGGAGAACACCGUCGUGGGUCAGACACUUUGGAAAACAGUUGGAGAGCAGGCCUGGGAGCAGACCUUCACUGUGGAGCUGGAGAGAUCCAGAGAGAUGGAGAUCGCGGUGUACUGGAGAGAUUACCGCUCCCUGUGUGCUCUGAAAUACCUGAAGCUGGAAGAGUUUCUGGACAACCAGAGACAUCGAGUCAAGCUGGAGCUGGAGCCGCAGGGGCUGCUGCUGGCCGAGGUGACUUUCUUCAACCCUGUAAUCGAGAGAGGACGGCGACUGCAGAGGCAGAAGAAGGUCUUCUCCAAACAGCACGGUAAAGCCUUCCUGCGAGCUCGUCAGAUGAACGUCGACAUCGCUACCUGGGUCCGCCUCCUCAGGAAUGCAAUCCCCAGCGGAGGCAACGCACCUGCCUACACACCGAGUUUCUCAGGCAACACAAACACACACAUUGCAGGAGAGAUCUCAGUGGAGAAGCUGAACCUAGACAGCGACUCUCCUCCCAAAGCUGAGAACAGGAGGGAGGUGGUGGACGCACCUGCUCCUUUGGAACAGACACCAAUCAUUGAACCCCUGUCGACACCGGAUGUCCCUCUUCGCGAGCAGCCAACCAGAUCGCUCUCCCAGAACUCUUUACGCAGAUCCAGUGGAAGUCCUCUCUGCCUGCAGGACUUUAAGAUGAUAGCCGUGCUCGGGAGGGGACACUUUGGAAAGGUGUUACUGUCAGAGUACAAACGGACGGGCAGCCUGUACGCCAUCAAAGCCCUGAAGAAGGGAGACAUCGUUGCGAGAGAUGAAGUGGAAAGUCUGAUGUGUGAGAAGCGGAUCUUUGAGACCGUCAACGGCUCCCACCACCCCUUCCUGGUCAACCUGUUUGCAUGUUUCCAGACGCCAGAACAUGUGUGUUUUGUCAUGGAGUACACGGCGGGAGGAGACCUCAUGAUGCACAUACACGCCGACGUCUUUGCAGAGCCGCGUGCUGUGUUCUACUCGGCCUGUGUCGUUCUGGGUCUGCAGUUCCUUCAUGAACAUAAGAUCGUGUAUCGGGAUCUUAAACUGGACAACCUGCUGCUGGACACGGAGGGUUUUGUGAAGAUCGCAGACUUUGGUCUCUGUAAAGAAGGUAUGGGCUUUGGGGACAGGACCAGCACUUUCUGUGGGACCCCUGAGUUUUUGGCCCCUGAGGUGCUGACAGACACGUCGUACACCCGAGCCGUCGACUGGUGGGGGCUCGGGGUGCUCGUCUAUGAGAUGCUGGUCGGUGAGUCUCCGUUCCCCGGUGAUGAUGAGGAGGAGGUGUUCGACAGUAUCGUGAACGAUGAAGUGCGCUACCCUCGCUUCCUCUCCACUGAGGCCAUCGGCAUCAUGAGGCGGUUGUUGAGAAGGAAUCCAGAGAGACGGCUCGGCUCCGGAGAAAAGGAUGCUGAAGACGUCAAGAAGCAGCCGUUCUUCAGGGGAAUGGACUGGGAGGCUCUGCUCCAGAGGAAGGUCACGCCCCCGUUUGUCCCGACCAUCGGAUCAAAAGUAGACAUCAGCAACUUCGACGUCGAGUUCACCGCCGAGCCUCCCGCCCUCACGCCACCUCGAGAGCGCCGCAUCCUCACCCGCAAGGAACAGGACCACUUUAAGGAUUUUGACUACAUCUCUGACCUCUGCUAGAGUCACAGGGUUAUCAAGCUGCCGCCCACGGACUCUGAAAAAGAGACGGAGGAGGAGUGACGGCUGACUCUCUGUACUGUACUGGAGAGGGGGGGGGGGAGAUGACUCCACCUCUCUGAAUGUGUUUGUGUGUUUGCGGUGGGAUGACGGGACAGACGGCGCCGAGCGAGUGUGAACGGGGGAUCAGCGGUGUCACAGAUCUGCCAGAGGUCGGCAGAUCUGUGACACGGCGAGGCUUUUAGAGGAAGUGGGAGUCAUAACGAUAAUCCAGAUUAUGAGAGAGACGGACGGACGCUGCUGUGUUUUCUACCUGGCAACACAGAGAGAAAAACAAAAAAUCAGAAAUGGCACUGAGCCCCCUCAGAGAGAGCGAGCCGACGUGUCCUGGAGUGAAAAGUGAUUACAGGAUCAGUGUGUCUCUGUUGUCUCGUGUCUCUGCUGUCAGUGUGUGUCGCUGUGUUCGCUGUCCCCGCCUCAAGUCAUGAAUGUAUCCACAUCAGCCGCAAUCAUGCACCAACCGAACAUGAACACAAGGGGGAGCCAGAGGGGAAAGAAAACUGUGCUUACUGUAAGAUGAUAGAGAGGAGUCUGGAGCUGUUUUUUGUGUGUCUGUGUUCAUCCUCUACGUCUUUUUCUUUUUCUGUCUCUCGGUACAAAAAAAAACAAACAGAUUUUAACUACAAUCAGUUUUCAAUGAUGAGAAAGCUUUUUUCUGUGAUUUAUAGUUUUGUUUCCAUUUGUGUUUCCUCCUCUUGUCAUUUGCUGGUGAAAUGUGUUGGAACUGUGACUCAGUAAAGAUGUGAACCCAA